AUGGCUCGUGCCAUGGUCCUGAUAUGGGCCUAUUCUGUGCUUUUGGCCAUGGUCUAUCUCGUCGAUGGCAUAGGUGUGAACUGGGGCACUCAGGCAACACAAAAUCUGCACCCAAGUGUGGUGGCUCAAAUGCUUAAGGACAAUAAGAUCAGUAAGGUUAAACUGUUUGAUUCGGAUAACUGGACUGUCAAAUACUUUGCUGGAACUGGCAUUGAAGUCAUGCUUGGUAUCCCCAAUAGCCAAUUGAAUCGAUUCAGCGACAAUUAUGACAAUGCCAAGGACUGGGUGAAGGAGAAUGUCACCAAACAUUUGUAUGAUGGUGGUGUCAAUAUAAAGUACGUGGCUGUUGGCAAUGAGCCAUUCUUGAAAUCUUACAAUGGCUCACAUCUGAAAACUACCUUCCCAGCAUUAAAAAACAUUCAGAAAGCUCUUGAUGCAGCUGGUGUUGGAGACAAAAUCAAAGCAACCAUCCCCCAAAAUGCGGAUGUCUACGACUCUGGUUCACAAGGCCCAUCUGCCGGUGAUUUCCGAUCGGACAUAAGGGACCUUAUGAUCGAUAUAGUUCAAUUUAUCAAAGACAACAAUGCCCCAUUUGUCGUCAACAUAUACCCCUUUCUCAGUCUACCAUCGUCGGGGAGAUCGGAUGGCCAAUCGGAUGGAAAUAUAAAUGCCAAUGCCAAAAUGGCUAAGAGGUUCUAUGAUGGAUUCUUCAGGAAAAUGGCUACAAACAAAGGAACCCCACUUCGCCCGGGGCCAAUUGAAGUAUAUCUGUUUAGUCUAACAGAUGAGAAUCAAAAAAGUAUUGCCCCGGGCGACUUUGAGCGCCACUGGGGCAUUUUCAGGUAUGACGGACAGCCUAAGUUCCCGACGGACUUCACCGGGAAAGGUCAGGACAAAAUGCCAGUUGGAGCAAAAAAUGUACAAUACCUACCACAGCAGUGGUGCGUGUUAAACAGUGACAUAAAGAACAUGAGCCUGGUGCCUGAAAAUGUUAACUUUGCCUGCUCAUUGUUCGAUUGCACAAGCUUGAUAUACGGAUCAACGUGCAAUAAACUGGAUGUUCGUGGGAAUGUCUCGUACGCAUUCAAUAUGUAUUUCCAGAUGAAUAAUCAGGACGUCGAGGCAUGCGAUUUUCAGGGUCUGGCCAAGAUUGUGACUCGAAAUGCCUCACAAGGGGACUGCCUCUUCCCUAUACAGAUUGUAAGUGAUGGAAGGAGACUUACCAUGGUAACUAGAGUGAGUGUUCUUGCAGGAUUGUUGACCUUAUUAGCAUUGUUUUAG